AACAAUCCAUGUAUGGUAAAAAUAGAGACGAGACGAGAAUUGGAGAAACGAGACAGAUUGACAGAGCAAAGAGAAAAGRCCGGGUGAAGGGCGUGUUUGGCUACGUUGGAUUAAUAAACACUUCGGUGGUGGGUCUGUUUGGUCAUUUCCACACUGUUCUUUCCCUGUUUUUGCCUCCAUCUCCUUCUCUCACGUCUUUGGCUGCUGCGUUCAGUCGAUCGGUCGAGCCGAAACGGAAAACAAUUUUGACUUCUUUAAUCUCAACCUUCGAAUCUAUAAUCUCCUCCGCAUUUCCCAGAGCUACGUGGAAAGAAAUCGAAAUUUCAAAAAUAAAAUGCCACGAAGAACGCAUGGGGUACCGUCGAAGUUGAAAUCGAAGCCCCUUCUUUAAUGGAGUUCAAGGAUUCCAGCAGCAGCACCAGCGACGCGAAGCCAGAGAUCCGUCCGGUGCUCUUUAGCAUCGAUCUCAAUGAGAUCCCCUCGUCUUCCUCGCUCGAAUCUCCCUCGUCUUUCCAGGACGCUUGCGCCGUCGUUCGGGCUUUCAUUGAUACCCCCCCGCCGGCUAGUCGGAACCUGGCCGAGUUGCCUGGUGAAGCCCGUGGGCCGGCGUGCAGUGCAUGUGGUCGCUCGGAGGUCAGAAACAGCGUCGUGGUCUGCGACGGCUGCGAGCGCGGUUUUCACCUGAACUGCGCCGGCAUGCGGGGUCGCCAGGCCAUUAUGCUUGAAGACUGGCGGUGUGCUGACUGUCACAACAAUGGAGUGGGGAGUAAGAGGUGGCCUUUGGGAGCAGUUUGUACGGGGACGAAGCGGAGUGGUGUUAGGCUUCUUGACAUCAAUGCUUCUCCGCCGAGUGAUGGGGAUGCUGAGGGAAGCGAKGAAUUACAGAAUUCAAGAAUGCACAUACAGGUUGAAAAUUCUCUCACUGGCAUCCCAUCUAGUGCCCUAGCAACAUAUUCCAACUUAUGGCAUGCAAGCAAUGGAUUUGAUUUACCAAAGGAAUCUGGCAUGAUGACUGGCACAAUGAACUCAAGUUCUAAAGAGGUAACACACCAUGGAUUAAGUACUCCUAGAAGUUCUGAGGAGACAGACUUGAGCUCCAAACUUAAAGGAAAGCUUUGGAGUUAUAAUAAUGUAACCCUUAGAUUACCAUCUCAGAAUAUAAGAGAGAUGUUUCUGCAGUCUCUAAGAGAGUUUAUUUUACAUAAGAAAGGUGUACUUGAGGAGGGUUGGCAUGUUGAAUUUAAACAAUGUAUGGGCAAAUGUGAUGCCUUUGCAGUUUAUUGUGCUCCGGAUGGAAAGAAGUUUGAGUCAAUGUUAGAUGUUGCCUGUCAUCUUGGAUUGGUAUCAAAUAUUAGCUCUAUGGAAGUUGAGGAUAGAAGUGAUGGCUUUGCUUCAGUGCCGAAAGGAUUGAAUUUGCGCAGAAAAAAGGAGUUAGCAAGACUUUCAGGAUUGAAUAGUUUCACAGGAAACCAAGAACCUUCAAGAAAUGGCUGUGGUAGGGAGCCCUCAUCAGACAAUGAGGUUGUGAAAAUUUCAGCAUGCGACUUGGGGAGUAAUAUGAGAAUUACAGAACCUGAGGCAGAGGGUGAUUGUGGCAACAGGUCCCAACAACCUAGAUUCCAGGAUGGACUUCCAAUUCAGUAUGAAGAUUUCUUUGUUCUCUCUUUGGGUGAUAUUGAUGCCCGACCAUCAUAUCAUGACACUAGCCAGAUUUGGCCUGUAGGUUAUAGCUCCUGUUGGCACGACAAGAUUACUGGGUCUAUUUUCAUGUGCGAUGUGUUGGAUGGUGGUACCUUUGGACCUAUUUUUAGGGUUAGAAGAUGUCCAUGCUCUACAUCAACCAUCCCUAAUGGGUCAACAAUCCUCUUGAGCCCAAGUCUUGGCAGAUCUGAUGCUAAAGAGAAAAUAGAAAAUGAUACUUCUGCAACUUUUGGUAUGGAUUGUGAUGAUGAUAACAUUCAAUUGAUUCUCUCUGACCCUUGUGCACCUGGGGAAUAUGUCUUUUUUCCAUACUUUGGAGAUACCUCAAGUGAAUCUUGUGAUUUUCAAACACUAAAUGGUUUGCCAUCACAAUCCAAUUGCCUUUUAGAAAGGUCUGAAAGACUCUUCUCCAAGCAUUUACAGCUGGGGGAUGAAAUUGGUCAGUUUGUGGUAGAAGGGAGAUCAUCUUCUUCUGUGUGGGGGAUGGUUUCUCAGACUCUCAUUGAUGCUUGCCAUGAAAUCUACAAUAAAAAAGGCAGGCUUUAUUUUUUCUGUAAUCAUGAUUUAGAUGGAGUCUGCUCAUCACAUUUAGAUGUUGAGGAUUCAAAAAGUAGAUAUAAUCUUGGUCCAUUGGAAAAAUUUUGCAGCUUGUUGGGUCCUGUUGACAUCCCAUCUGUAAUUCAGAAUGAAAAUGAGUUUGAGACUUCAUGGAGAUCACUGUCAAAAUGGUUGAACCAGGACAGAUUUGGACUAGAUAUGGAAUUUGUGCAGGAAAUUAUUGAAAAGCUUCCUGGAGUUCAUGCAUGCUCACAGUAUGAAUUUCUGGAUAAAAGGAAUUACUUGUCAACACCUCCAACGGUUGGUAGUGGUUGUCUUCUGGCUAAAAGGAAGGGCCACGUGCAAGGUUUUGAAGAAGGCUUAGAUGGGUUAUUUAGACAAUACAAAAGACCCAGGAAGCAAGGUAUGGUCGACUCUGGUAUGGAUCAUCACCAUCCUCGUGGCAAACUUUUGAGCUCUAGGCUUCCAGCAGAGCUCAUUGGUGAUGUUCUUCAGGUAUAUGAGUUACUGUGGCGAUUCUAUGAUAUUCUGGGUCUAAGGGAACCAUUGUCAUUCCAUGAACUUGAGGAAGAACUUAUAAAUCCAUGGUUCGACAACUCAAAUUUUCUUGAAAAGUUAGAAAAGGAAACUCAGGAAACUAGAGAUCUAAGUUUACAUACAAGUGGAAAUACCUUAUCCCCAAGUACUAAACCUGAUUGCAUGGUUCCUGGGGAAAAUGCACAUGCAUUCAUUAAAAUGGAAACUGAAUCAAUGAAGGAAGCAGCCCAAGCUAGGCUGGCAUCUCGAACUUAUAAUAGAUGUACAGGUGUUGCUUUGACAAAGGCUCAUAGUGCUCUGCUGAAAGUGCUAGUUGGUGGGCUACAGUCCAGAGUUGCAGCACUUAUAGAUCCAAGUUUUGAUGCUGGAGAAUCAAAACCAAGGCGGGGAAGAAAGAAAGAUACCGAUAGCUCAGUUCUGGUGAAAAAAACUAAGAUUGAUAUGCUUCCAAUUAAUGAACUAACUUGGCCAGAAUUAGCUCGUAGAUAUAUUUUAGUUGUCUUGUCCAUGGAUGGUAACCUUGAUUCUGCAGAGAUUAGCAUCCGUGAAGGGGGAAAGGUUUUUCGCUGCUUGCAUGGUGAUGGUGGAGUGCUUUGUGGUUCACUUACUGGAGUGGCGGGAAUGGAAGCAGAUGCAUUGCUGCUUGCAGAGGCUACGAAACUAAUUUGCGGUUCUGUGAAGAGUGAUAAUGAAAUUUGGACUAUGGACUACAAAAGCUCCAAUGCUAUUGGAUCUUCUGAAACAGUAAUGUUGAAUGGCAGUAAUAUCCCCGAGUGGGCAAAGCUCCUUGAGCCUGUCAGAAAGUUACCCACAAAUGUUGGAACCAGGAUUAGAAAGUGUAUUUAUGAUGCUUUGGAGAAAGACCCACCAGAAUGGGCAAAGAAGAUCUUGGAGCAUUCAAUCAGUAAGGAUGUUUACAAGGGCAAUGCAUCAGGACCUACCAAGAAAGCUGUUCUCUCAGUGCUGGCAGAUGUGUAUGGUGAAAAUCUGCAGCAGAAACCUGACAAGGGAAGAAAGGGAAAGAGUAUUAAUGUGUCAGAGAUUAUUAUGAAACAAUGUCGUAGUGUGUUACGCCGUGCUGCUGCAGCAGAUGAUGAAAGAGUUUUCUGUAAUUUGCUGGGAGCAACACUGUUGAGUCCUAAUGAUAAUGAAGAUGAUGGUAUUCUUGGAUCUCCUGCCAUGGUAUCUCGGCCUUUGGAUUUUAGAACCAUUGAUCUAAGGCUUGCUGCUGGGGCCUAUGGUGGAUCACAUGAAGCUUUCCUUGAAGAUGUUCAUGAGGUUUUGCAUAAUAUACGCACUGCUUAUGGGGACCGCCCUGAUUUGAUGCAGUUGGCUGAAGCAUUAUCCCGAAAUUUUGAAUCAUUGUAUAAACAGGAGGUUCUCUCCCUUGUCCAGAAAUGUGCAGAAAUUGCAAAUGCAGAAGGUUUAAGUACAGAAGGAAAGAAAGAAUUGGAUGAUAUUCUUGUGUCUGCAAGUGAGAUUCCUAAAGCGCCUUGGGAUGAGGGUGUAUGUAAAGUAUGUGGCAUUGAUAAAGAUGAUGACAGUGUCUUGUUAUGUGACACUUGCGAUUCAGAGUACCAUACUUAUUGUCUGAACCCUCCACUUGUAAGGAUUCCUGAAGGAAACUGGUAUUGUCCUUCUUGUCUUGCUAGUCAAUGUAAGACCCAAGAUUCAUCACAACGUGCCCAGGCAACCAGCCAGCAACGAUGGAAGAGGUAUCAGGGAGAGGAUACUCCCCUUUUCUCAGAUACGCUGAUUCAUUUAGCAGAUUUGAUGGAAGAAAAAGAGUACUGGGACCUCAGUGUGGAGGAGAGGAUCUUCUUGCUAAAGUUUUUAUGUGAUGAGGUGCUGAACUCAGCUGUUAUUCGUGAACACCUUGAGCAGUGUGCUGAUGUAUCAGUAGAUUUGCAGCAGAAAUUACGAUCUCUUGCCAUAGAAUGGAGAAACCUGAAAUUAAGAGAAGAAAUUCUGGUUGCCAAAGCUGUAAAUGAAAACACGACCAUGUUUGAUGGAGUAAGAGAACCUGGAAUAGAAGGGAUGGAUACUGUACUUGCAAACUAUGGUCAACGGAUUGGCAAAUUGAAUGCUUGGUGUAACAGAUCCAACUGCAAUACUUCUUUCUCUGGUAAUUUGUUUCAGCUAGAAGAUGGUUCUGAGGGGAGUGGACCAAAUGAUCUCAAUAAACCCCCUGGUUGGUUUGAUUCAAAAUGCAUUACAAAGAAAAAUGACAAUAGUAUUAGAACUACAAGCAUGAAGCCUAGAGAUAUUGAAAAUCACAUGAAAGAUGCUCUCCCUGUUAUUAAUAACAGUCUAAUUCCUGGAAAUCCUUUUUCCUGUGUGGUUUCCACCAAAAGAGAUGAAUCUGACCUGCAAAAUGAGCAGCCACUGUCAACUCCUCAGMAACUAGAAAUCAAUAACUUGGRUAAAACAAAUGAUAUUCAAGGUGAUAUGAACAGAAAGUGUGAGUUGAGUACUGAAAGGAAUGGUUCUAUUCUGCCUGUUCUUGAUGUUCUACAACGACCUCGUUUUUCAUCUGAUACUAGGAGAAGCUAUUUGACUGAACAUUAUCCUAUGCAUUUGAACUCAGAUUCUAUAUUCCCUGGACAUCACCGUGGUGUCCAACCUGAUGUUGAAGAAUCACAAACCUACAAUCUUGAGGUGAACUCUCUGAAGAACGAAAUUUCGCUUUUACAGGAUUCCAUUGCCAGUGUAGAAUCACAGCUUAUGGAGGUAUCUUUGCGGAGGGAUCUUUUGGGUAGGGACUCUGCCGGACGACUCUACUGGGUUUUAGCCAAGCCUGGACAACGUCCUUGGUUGGCUGUUGAUGGGAGUGCUACUGCACAACAAACACAAAGAACUGUGGAAGAGCACCCGGAUCUGUUUGCAAAUAAUUCAAUUUUGAGGUGUUCUCUUCCAUUUCACAGAGGUGUCAAUAGUUCAAAUUCAAAUGCAAAUGAAUAUGAUGUUUGUUUUCGGCAUUCUUCGUCUUCUUGGGUUUCCUAUGAAUCUGAUGCUGAAAUUCAAGAACUUAUUGGGUGGUUAAAAGCCAGUGAUCCAAGAGAAAGAGAGCUGAAAGAAUCCAUUAUACAAUGGAAGAGAUCAAGACCUCAURGCUCCCAACAGUCUAGAAAUCCUGUACAGGAUGAGAUUCAUUUGACCUCAUCAAAGUCCUUGGAUUGUGAAAAAGUGGUGAUUACUGAUUGUCUUAUCACUAGGGCUGCUAACAUACUGGAGAAGAAGUAUGGUCCUUGCUUGGAGCUAGAAACUUGUGACAUGCCCAAGAAGCGUGGGAGGAGAGCRAAAGUAGCUUAUGAGGAGAGAAUGUACAGAUGUGAGUGCCUUGAACCUGUAUGGCCAUCUAGACAUCAUUGCCUUCUGUGCCACCAGACCUUUUUCACUGUUGUGGAACUUGAAGUGCAUAAUGAUGGAAAGUGCAGCUCAGGAUCAUUCGCCCAUGCUAGCAAUAAGGAAAAUGAUGAUCUCUAUAAACGGAAGGGGACACGUCAGGAGUGCAAUGAGGAAGUAGACAUAUCUGAGCUAUCAAAGAGUAGGAAGUUUGAAAUCAAUUCUAGGUUGAUUAAAUUUGACAAGGGGGUAGCAUGCCCAUAUAAUAUCGAUGAAAUCAGUAGUAAGUUUGUCACUAGAAAUUCUAACAAGGAUCUGGUGCAAGAAAUAGGACUUAUUGGUUCAAAUGGGGUUCCUUUGUUAGUCUCAUCAACUUCUCCUUAUGUUAGUGAUCCUACAUUAAUGUUAGUCCCUAUCCAAAAAGAUGAAGCUGAUCCAGGUGCCAAGCCUGCAGUAAAACGGCUAGUGUUUUCACAAGAGAAUGGCAUUGCAGACAAUGUGAACCAUAAYGAUGGUGUAUACGAUCUUCCCAAAGGUUUUGCUGCCACUGGCAUCAGUGAGUCACUAAAAACUGUAGGACCCACAUAUGAAUGUAUGAAUCAUAGAGAUUCUCUAUCUUGUUUAGAUAAUAGAACUGCAGACCUGGAGGUUGGUCACUGCUGCAUGGUUCCUGAGUCUUCAUUGAGACCAUUGGUGGGAAAAGUUUCUCAAAUUUUAAGGCGCCUCAAAAUUAACUUACUUGACAUGGAUGCUGCUCUUCCCGAAGAGGCCCUGAGACCAUCAAAAGGGCAAUCAGCAAAGAGAUGUGCCUGGCGUGCAUAUGUUAAGUCUGCAGAGUCCAUAUUUGAGAUGGUUCAAGCAACUAUCAUAUUCGAGGACAUGAUUAAGACAGAGUACUUGAAGAAUGAUUGGUGGUAUUGGUCAUCCCUAUCUGCUGCAGCCAAGACCCCUACUGUUACCUCCCUUGCUCUUCGACUAUACACACUGGACUCCACCAUUGUUUAUCAGAAGGUUCUACCCACUUUGGACCCAAUAGACAAUCCAAAGCCAAACAACAAACCAGGCAAGAAAAGGAAGGAUACAGAGGGUUGAUCUUGAAAAGCAUGCAUGUCUUGUUAUCUGAGGACUCGAACCAAAUCUAAUAUAAUCCUCUGUGGCAAUGUGAGGUGGCAGCAGGACGACCUUAUACAAUGUGAAGGAAACUUCCAACUUCAUUGUGGUUUGUGGGUCCAAGGAUCAUUGAGGAUAAAGAUGGAAAUUUGGGGAAAGUUACUCACACUGUUGCCUCCUUUUUGUAUAUAUAAAGCGUUCCUAACAGGCUAACACACUAACAUGGAUGUUGGAUCAGGAAGAAUUCGUUGAAGUGGGCUUCUAUGGAGGUUUGAAGAAGCAUUUUGAAUGAACUGCAACAGCAGUAAUUGGGACGUAUUAUUCCGAGGGAGGAUGAUGAGACCACCCCCUAAGAGCCAGAUCAACAUCCACAUACAAAGGGAACCAGUGUAUAAAAAAAAAAAAAAAAGGAAAAGAAAAAUGAAGAUUAGCAGAUGUAAUUAAUAUAUUUCAUUCUUUUUAAUAUGCUUUCUUCUCACCUCUUGUUUUUGUUCAUGCUCUUUUCUCCGCUUUAUAUGUCCCUGACGAGUAGUGUUUUUCCCAAGAAUGAAAAUUGGUGGAGGCAGCUAUUAUGCAUCA